AUGGCGCCAGGCUCUUUGUCGGUCUCUGCUCGAAGGGAGCGGCGACGCCUACACUGGGGGCAGAAGGAAGACCCCUUCACUGUUGUCACGGAAGGGAUGGUCGAUCUCGCACGCAGAAUCAAGGGGAAUUCGCCCUUCGCUAAUUCCGUCCAUAACAGCCUCCUCCUCCAUGGUCGAGGUCAUGCUCGGGAAUGCACUUUCUACACCUUGAGAGAUCACCCCGAUUCCCAUGUUGUUAUGUGGCGGUAUUUGCAACCGUCGAACACCUUGCUGGCCGUCCACUGUCGGGAGGAGGAGGUCCCCCUGCUGAAGGAGUCCCUGAUGCAGUCGCAGCUGAUCGACUGGAAGGGAAGGCUGUGCGUGUUCCACGUGCCUGAGUAUCUGGUGGACACCGUGAAGGACGUCGUGGAGGACAAGGGAGGCCAGGAACUGAGGAUCAAUAAAUGCUGCACUUAUACUGGUGAUAAUAUUGGGGAUCCUCAUGCUUAUCUGGCGGAGAAUCCAAUCCGGUGUCCGGCUGGAUUCCGGGUAGCACGGCUGGGCAGGGCUGGAGUCAGCCUCAUGAGGAACACAGCGGAGUACGACAUAUGCAGGACUCUCGACGACAUGGUUCACAUCACGAAGCACGCCCCUUCGGUCGGCCUAUACCAAGACCCGAGCGUAGAAGAGGAAACCUGCGUGGACAUUGAGAACGUGCCGUUCGCUGGGGACGAGGAGGAGCCUGUAGCUUGGGUCACAACUUCAUUCUACGGAGCGAUGGGCACCAUGAUGACCUUGGAAGGGUAUCAAAGUCGCGGGUAUGGAGAGCUGGUGACUCGGGUUAUCGCACUGAUGCUCGCUGCCCAGGGUUACGUCCCCGUGGGCCAUAUAGACGUUGAUAAUUUUUCUUCUGUUAAAAUGGUCAACAGGAUAGGCACGGUGCCUAUGUCCCAUUAUGACUAUUUCAUGUUCCGGAAGUGAGCCAAAGAUGCCUCUUUAUCAAUUACAACUUCACAGAGACAUGUACAGCGAAGUGAAGAUUUACAUCCUUUAGAUAUUCCUUUUUCAAGUCAUUUCACUAAAGCUUUUUGGAAUCCGGCAACUGGCAACUGACUUCCCUGUGUGGUGGUUGGACCCAGGCGGUUGGGCGGUUGAGGCAAAGGCCCCCGGCUUGGAUGUCUGUACCCCGCGAGCAGGCACUUUGAUAUAUGGAUUUGUUGUCUGUCGGUCUAUAUGUAUGUUUCUGUCUAUCUGUUUGUCUCUCGAUAUGUAUGGUUGUGUGUGUGUGU